AGGACGGCAGGAGUGAAGGAGCCGGAGAGGAGCUCCAGCGUCUGCCUCCAGCUUCUCGGCUUCCCUGUUUUUCUUCGUGUUUUUUGGACGGGAGGGAUUUUAUGGUCCUUUCAGUGCAGACGGUGCUGUUUUGCCCGGUGAUGCUGUGGACUGUGGCGAGCUCUCCUUCUCAGCCAACACCAAACGCAGGCUGAAUCCUGCUGGUGGGAGCUUUUGUGGACUGUAGUGCCUUUUUUGCCUUGCCUGGGGUGUUUUUGGAAGGGUCUUUUUGUGGGGGGCUCCCUCUGUGCCUGAAGGCUAGGCCUGUGUAGAGGAUACUGAUCUGUUAGGAUGCUAUGACAACCCCUGGGUCUGGUCCUGCUGAUGCUGUUGCUAACAGGGCUUAGCGUUGUUUGAGCAUCAUCUGACCACUGCUGGCUAAAUGAAAAUCAAGCCAUACCAGCUCAAGUUCACACCGCCUUGGGAGAAGGAUGUGGGUUUUGGGAGGCGGCACAGAAUUUUCACAAGAAAGCCCACCAAGAUAAUCGCCAACCCCGGUGUCGUGAUGAAAGUGCUACGCCGCAAGAAGAUCUUCGUCUUCCUCGCUUACUUUCUGCUUGUUGCUUUGACCAUGCUGAAUCUGGCCAACUACAGGUGGACCAAAGAACCGCAGCAGUGCAACCACCAAUCACAGAGUCCCAGGAUCCAAAGCAGAUCGGACAUCCAGUUCCUCUUCACGGAGCCACCACCAAGGACCAGGCAACUAGUGUACGUGCUGACCACCUGGCGGUCCGGCUCGUCCUUUUUCGGGGAGCUGUUCAACCAAAACCCAGAUGUGUUCUUCUUGUACGAGCCCAUGUGGCACAUUUGGCAAAAGCUCUACCCAGGAGAUGCCAUUUCUCUCCAAGGAGCGGCCAGAGACAUGCUCAACGCUCUCUACAGGUGUGAUUUCUCCGUUUUCCGGCUGUACACCAACCCCCCAGGCAAAAAUGUCAGCACCCUGGGUAUCUUUGGGUCCACCUAUAACAAAGUCAUCUGUUCCCAACCUUUCUGCUCGUCCUACAGGAAAGAUGUGGUGGGUAUGGUGGAUGAAAAAGUUUGCAGAAAGUGCCCCUCUCAAAAGAUCCAACUUCUAGAGCAGGAAUGCCUAAAAUAUAACACUGUCGUGAUCAAGGGAGUGCGCAUUUUUGACGUGAAUGUCUUGGCUCCCUUAAUGGAAGACCCCGCUCUCAAUCUGAAAGUCAUCCACUUGGUCCGGGACCCCCGAGCCGUGGCCAACUCUAGAAUCAAUUCCAAACACGGCCUGAUUCGGGAGAACAUGCAAGUGGUGCACAGCCGGGCCCCUAAGGCUCACCAUUUGCCGCACGUGGACCAAAAAACGAACAAAAAAGAAGGUUCGGACUAUCAUGCCAUCAGCGCCUUGGAGGUGAUUUGUGAGCACAUGUCCAAAACUUUAAAAACUGCCCUCUAUCCCCCGAGCUGGCUCAAGGGGAAGUACAUGACGGUGCGGUACGAGGACUUGGUGGAAAAGCCGAUCAAGACCUUGAGGAACGUUUACAACUUCAUUAACCUUACGGCCACUCGUGACAUGGAAUCCUUUGCCAUGAACAUGACUAGUGGCAACAGCUCCUCCUAUGAUCCCUUCAUGGUUUCGUCCAGGAACGCCACCAAGGCCGCUUACACGUGGAGGACAGUGCUUUCCUACCAGCAGAUCCGACAGGUGGAGGAAUACUGCGGUCAAGCCAUGUCCAUGCUUGGGUACUUGCGUGUUCGCACAGCAUCGGAGGCCAAGGACCUGAAAAAGUCUUUAAUGACGAUACCCAAGGUUUAAAACACCUGUCGCCACCCGAGACCAUGGUUGGCAUUGGUGUUGAGUCUGGUACUCUUCUUCCAGGUGUGCAGUGUAUCGGACAUGUUGACUGUCUGUCCGCACUGUAAUUUCAAGUUGAAAGACUGGUUCCACUGCAGCUUACUUGACCAAAAAAGACUGGAAAAUGUACCCUAUGUACAGUUUGUCAUUUACCAUUUAAUGUAUGCCAAAAUAUUGCAGAGGUAUUCCACUGAUUUCUGACAUUGUUCUGCAUAAUUCAGUUGCUGAGAUGCAAACAAAGUCAUUCGGAGUGAUUUGAUGUGAUUUCUAGAGAAAUAGAACAACCAGUGAGCCUAAAUGUUCUUACAUGUAAAGUUAUUGGUGGUAAAAAUGACGCAAGUUUACUUUGCCGCACGGUGCCAUGCAUGUACCUCUCAGCCGUGACUGUAUUAAAGAAAUCCAUUUUAGACCGGAACAUUAUAUUAAAAUUACCGUAAAACAACAUGUCGGGCAACAGGCAGCACAUUUGUAACCAUUUCCCGUAAUAUGUUUCUGUGAGGGAGCUUUUAGGAGUGGACGUCUGGUUCCUAUCACCACCACUGUGAACAGUUCUGACGCAUUUCACAGCAAACCACUCUGAGUGACUUUGUUUAGAUCAGUGGAAUUCCCCUUCAAUCCAGGUAUAUACACUUUUCAUGUGCUAGUGUUGAUUAUUACUGUAAAGGCCAGAGGGAGGUUCAUUUUAUCAGACCAGUAAUUACUAAUUUCCAUAUUUCCAUUAGUUUUUCUUUAACUGCAGUGCUUUAAGCAGGAAUGAAUAGCCGCGUGAAUUGUAAUCUGAGGAUGUCUGUCUUUUUCAGCCUUAAUCUGGAGUUAUUUUAGGAGCAGAAAUGCUCACAGAUGGUCUGUUUGAAGUGUAACUACCUGAAAUACCUGGCAUCUAAUUUCUGUCCCUCUGAUCUGAAUCUUCAGUGACACACAAAACAUAGUUUGAAAGGCUUUUGUACAAACAUGUCUUCAUUUUUUUCAUGGUUUAGGGUUCUUAUUUCCAUUAAUGUAAAGUGCCUUUGUGAGUUAAAAACUCUUGACAUUAGGCCGGUCAUGAUCGGGAAGUUAUAGCUGACGGUAAAUUCUCCUUUAAAUAACUGCUAUUAAUAGUUUGAUGUAUCUCUUUUUACUUUGUAUGCAAAUCAGUGGUGAGCAAUAUGUACAAAAAUAUAAUGUUGCAAUAUUUAAAGAAAUCUUUCAUGUCACAAAAUAAAUACUUUCAGAAAUCUGAUCAGUUGGAGCAGAGAAGAAAGAACCAGUAAUGCUACAUUGAAAAAAAUAUGAUCAAAAAUUCAAUAUUUGGCACACGGUGUUGCACCAAAUCCAGUUAAACUGGACACAUUUUGCUGUAACAAUUUAUCACGAUAACGAUAUGUAUAUUGUCUUAUUGCCCAGCCCUAAUGCAAAUAUUACGUCCAAGCCAAAGUGGCCGAUUAGCUAUCUGCUUACUAGCUGUCAAUAUUUAAUAGCUCCCGAGUGGCGCCAGUAACAACUCAAGCUCAAAAGAACAAACAUUACUCAUCACUGCCCUAUAAUGGGGUUAUUAACAAAACUUAUUUUUGUAAGACUCACAGUGUGUCACAGUAAAUGUGUUUGGCUUAUCUUUGCCUCAGCUAGAUGGAUAAAAGCACCCAGUUAAGGUUCUCUUUUAGUAGUGGACAGGAUACUGGUUCACGUCACAGUUAUCGCAACGUAAAAAUAGUAUAAACCACACCAACGUUAGCCCGUUUAGCUGAAUCACAGAGUUGGGGAUGUUUCAGUCACAUUUGAACUGAAAAUGAACACACAGUAGACCCCCAGUCACCUGCCGAUGUGUAGUUCGUUGAAGUAGUUCUUGUUUUUGAGGCAGCAGGCAAAAAGGAAUCGACGGCCUCUUGGGGUCAGACCCUAGAGUGAAGGCCAUGCGUUCUCUCAUACCACCUGAGAAGUCCCAAGGCUUGGUUGGCUGCAUCAGUCAAGGCCAUGUUCAGCUGGUACUGAGGCAUGAAUCACUGUUAGAUAAGUGUUAAAUUUUCCAAAUUCCUGCAUUGCCUGACAGUCAAUCAUGAGACAGAUGACUCAAAACUGAAGUUGGCUUCCUAUCUGAGUUUCCGGUUCCACCUUAAAAGGUGAUGCAGUUGCCUUCAGGCCCAUUUAAGGUGGAACUGGAAAUUUGAAUUGCAGAUUGAGGUGCAACAAGCUGCUGAACAUCAGUCUUGUGGAAAUUCAUACAUGAAUACUUGGCCCCCUUUUUUUGGCCAGAUGUUUGAACGACAUAUUGACUUUGGUUCAUCUGUAUACUGAGUUAUGUUUUUACUAUUUUGCACAAUAAAAGUAUUUCAGCUUCUUAAAAAGUGACCACUGUUAACCUGCACAGACGGUUUUGUUUGGGGGGAAAUAAACACAAUUCUGUUAAUAUGGCACAUGUAAGGUGAACAACUGUGGGAAAUAAAAACGACUAAUUAAGCUGCAUAAUAACUGUGACAGGCCUAAUUGAUGUACAGCCACAUGUGAUUCUGCUCAUUCAUCUCUUAGACGUGGGACAUUCUUUCGGUUUAUGUUGAUACGUGUACUUACACACACAGUGAAGAUUCAGGACAGUGGACAAUGUAAUGGUUUGAUGUAGGGGUGCACAGUGUGGUCAUCUAUACAUCCAUCCAUCCAUCCAUUCUCCAAGCCGCUUCUCCGUCAGGGUCGCAGGGGGAUGCUGGAGCCUAUCCCAGCAGUCUUCGGGCGGAAGGCAGGAUACACCCUGGACAGGUCGCCAGUCCAUCGCAGGGCAGGCAGACACAGACAGUCACUUCAUUGUGGUCAUACGUUAUCAUUAUUAUGAUGGGUUUCAGCAACACACACUGGUUAAAAAAACUGGAACGAUAGACAUGAUUUACCAACCGUCACCGAUAAAUCUCAUGUUUCUUAUUUUUGCAAAGGAUUCAUUAAAAACAAAAGACAUUGUA